CAACGCUAUAUGCAAUCUAGCAGCAGUAGCAGUAGCAGGUUCCUCUUCUUAUCAACAACGAAGAAAUCAAAUUCGAUUUGGAGCAAACGCACAAGUACCAUGAUAAUCGAAAAUAAAUACUAGCUGUUCAGUUGGAGGAGGAGGUCAACGCGGAUGUGGACGCGGUCGUCAGGGCAGAAGAAAUCGGCGUGGCCGUGGUCGAUAGGGAGGAGAUCGGCGCAGAUGUGCGUGGUCGCCAGCAAGGAGUCAGUUGGCACGGCCGUGGUGGCUAGACAGGGAUCAGCGAUGGCGGGAAUACCAGGGGCGGAGGAUGGCAGGAUAAUCGAGGUCACCGACGGUGAGAUAAAACGGCGGCGGCAGGAUGAACGCCGGCUGAUCGAAAUGGGCGCCACCACCGGAAUCGGGCUGUGCAGGAACGGACGGCGGAUGGAUGCGGCGAGAUGGUCGGAGCAAUACGAGACUAAAACAAAAGGAAAAUACAAAUACCCAAAUUACCCUUAAGCACAUAGUUUGUAAGUAUUAAUAUGCCCUUCAAAAUGGAUGGUUUAGAUCGUUUCUACUUGUAGUAGAAUACCUGUAGAAAGCACCAUAGACAAGCUCAUUAAUAUAAGAGGCUAUAUUGAUUAAUUUUUUUUUAAGUCAUAUGCACAGGCUACCUAGAAGGCGAGCCCAUUUUUUAGUUAUUACUACCACCACAGCACUACUAGAAAUUAGGAGUAGAAAAUAGUAGAAACAUCUCUAACCAGCAAAGAACAGGAGCCACACGAAUCUAAUGGCCACCGCUUUCCACACCAUCGCCGCCGCCCGCCCCCGCCUUCCUCUCGCUGCGUUCGCUUGCCUCUGCCCCGGCCCCCGCCCCGCCACCAGAAAGCUUAGCCUCACCUCCACGGCGGUCUCCACCAUAGACUCCGCGCCCGCUAGUUCGUCGGACGCCAAGAAGACGACCACCGUCUUCGUGGCCGGCUCGACGGGCCGCACCGGCAAGCGGGUCGUGGAGAAGCUUCUGGAGAGGGGCUUCGGCGUGGUCGCCGGCACGACAGACGUGGGCCGCGCCCGCAGAAGCCUGCCCCAGGACCCAAACCUCCAGCUCGUGAGGGCUGACGUCAUGGAGGGCACAGACAAGUUGGUCGAUGCGAUCCGUGGCGCCGACGCCGUCGUCUGUGCGACGGGGUUCCGGCGGUCGUUCGAUCCCUUUGCUCCAUGGAAGGUGGACAACUUUGGCACAGUAAACCUUGUUGAAGCAUGCCGCAAGGCUGGGGUUACAAGAUUCAUACUCGUAAGUUCCAUUUUGGUCAAUGGGGCUGCGAUGGGUCAACUGUUGAAUCCAGCAUAUACUGUGCUCAACUUGUUUGGUUUAGUGCUGGUCGCAAAGCUGCAGGCGGAGAAACAUAUCAGGUCAUCAGGAAUAAAUUACACCAUUAUAAGGCCUGGAGGCCUGACUGAACAACCACCAACAGGGAAUAUAGUCAUGGAGCCAGAGGAUACACUUUACGAGGGCUCCAUAUCGAGACAGCAAGUCGCAGAAGUAGCUGUGGAGGCAUUGUUAUGCCGAGAGGAAUCUUCCUACAAAGUUGUCGAGAUUGUCACCCGAGCUGAAGCUCACAAUCGUCCUCUCAAGGAUCUGUUUGCUUCUAUUAAGCAAAGCUGAGUAACGGAGCACAACUGAACAAGUUGUUCCGGCCCUGAACUUCAAAGGGGGCUAGCAUUAUUCCAGAAAUUGUAUAGUGAUGUGUCAGGGUGUUCAUACCUAGUUAGGAAAAAUAGUUGUCCUAAUAUAGUGAUUUAAUGUUCUUUACUAUAAAAUGGAAUACGCACACCCACAUCAUCGUUAUAAACUAUAAUUCUCACAUCA